AUGAAUGCCCUUUGUCGAUUUUUGAGACCUACCCUGCCGAUCUUCAGGCGCCCAACGUCCACUCUGAAUCCUAUCGUCAGAACGUUUACCUCCUCCAGAAUUCCACUCCAAAAAUUCGAUACCACACCUUUAAAACUGUCCAACGAGCUCUAUGCUAUAUUUCGUAUUCACAACCGUCCCUACUUGGUGACGAAGGGCGACAAAGUAAUUUUACCAUUUAAAAUGAAACAAGCAGAAGUAGGAGAUGUGCUGAAUUUGCAAGACGUCACGACCAUUGGUACUAGAAAUUUCAAGAUUGUGGACUCUCCAAUUGAUUCAUCGCUCUAUAGCAUCAAAGCUACGGUUUUGGAGAAAACAAAGCGUCGCAUGAGAGUAAGAGAAGUGACUAAGCGUAGAAAUAGGAAAGUACGUCACGCUGUGAGUAAACCUGACCUCACCGUGCUAAGAAUAUCGGAACUGGCGCUCACCGAUUGA